UUCCACAAUAUAUUUCUCAAACUCUAUAUAAACGCCACCUAUGUGCUUGCUCUUAGCACUAACCCAACUAGCCAAAUUACCAACCCCCCCUCUCUCACUCUUCCUUCCCAAGUUCUCCCAAUGGCUCCAAGCUUAAGCAAAAAUGCCCCUGACGUAAUGGGGCUCCCUGACGACAGUAUAGUACCAUUGUCAAUAACGUUGGAGGGAUCAAACUUUCUUGCCAACGGCCAUCCGUUUCUCACUGACGUCCCCGUGAACAUCAUAGCCACGCCAUCACCCUUUAUCUCUUCAGACAAGACCAAGAACUUGGUCGGCUGCUUUGUGGGGUUCGACGCCGACGACCCGUCGAGCCGGCACGUGAUUCCAAUCGGCAAGCUGAGGGGAAUAAGGUUCAUGAGCAUAUUCCGGUUCAAGGUCUGGUGGACCACCCACUGGGUUGGAAGCAGCGGAAGAGACGUUGAGCAUGAGACCCAGAUGAUGAUCUUGGACAAAAACGACGCCGGGCCGGGGCGUCCGUACGUUCUCUUGCUUCCCCUCCUCGAAGGACCAUUCAGAGCUUCUCUCCAGCCUGGGGUUGCUGACGACGACGACAAUCUCCACGUGUGCGUGGAGAGUGGGUCCACACGUGUCUGUGGGUCCAGCUUCAGGAGCUGCGUUUACAUGCAUGUCGGUGACGACCCUUAUAUUCUCGUCAAGGAGGCCAUGAAGGUGAUGAGGGCCCACCUGGGAACCUUCAGGCUUCUUGAAGAGAAAAACCCGCCAGCUAUAGUCGACAAAUUCGGUUGGUGUACGUGGGAUGCAUUCUAUCUUAAGGUGCACCCGCAGGGGGUUUGGGAAGGUGUGAAGGGGCUUGUGGAGGGUGGGUGUCCUCCAGGAAUGGUCCUGAUUGAUGACGGGUGGCAGUCCAUUUCUCACGAUGACGACCCCAUUUCUCAAGAGGGCAUGAAUCGGACGGCUGCUGGUGAGCAAAUGCCAUGUAGGCUCAUAAAGUUCGAGGAAAAUUACAAAUUCAGGGACUAUGGAAAUCAUGAAGGGCUAGGUGCCUUUGUCAGGGACCUUAAGGAUGAAUUUAGGACCGUAGAUCACGUGUACGUUUGGCAUGCACUUUGCGGGUAUUGGGGUGGGAUUAGACCCAAUGUCCCUGGAAUGCCGGAGUCGAGGGUGAUUACUCCUAAGCUGUCAGAGGGAUUGCUGAUGACAAUGGAAGAUCUCGCCGUCGACAAGAUCGUUAACAAUGGGGUGGGGUUAGUCCCGCCGGAGCUGGCCCACAAGAUGUACGAGGGGCUUCACUCGCAUCUUGCAUCGGCGGGGAUCGACGGCGUCAAGGUUGACGUAAUACACUUACUUGAGAUGCUAUCAGAGGAAUUUGGAGGUCGAGUUGAGCUGGCCAAAGCUUAUUACAAGGCCCUCACUGCUUCAAUCAGAAAACACUUCAAAGGAAAUGGUGUCAUUGCUAGCAUGGAGCACUGCAAUGACUUCAUGUUCCUCGGAACCGAGGCCAUAGCAUUAGGACGCGUCGGUGACGACUUUUGGUGCACGGACCCGUCGGGGGAUCCAAAUGGGACAUUUUGGCUACAAGGAUGUCACAUGGUGCAUUGUGCCUACAACAGCUUGUGGAUGGGGAAUUUUAUACAUCCAGAUUGGGACAUGUUCCAAUCCACUCAUCCUUGUGCUGAGUUCCAUGCAGCAUCUCGGGCUAUUUCUGGGGGACCAAUUUAUGUAAGCGACUAUGUUGGAAAACACAACUUUGAGUUGCUCAAGAGCCUUGUGUUGCCAGAUGGGUCUGUUUUGAGAUGCCAAUACUAUGCACUUCCUGCUAGAGAUUGCCUGUUUGAAGACCCAUUACAUGAUGGGAAAACACUGCUCAAGAUUUGGAACCUUAACAAGUACACCGGAGUUGUAGGGACCUUCAACUGUCAAGGAGGAGGGUGGUGCCUCCAAACCAGGCGAAACAAGAGUGCCUCAGAAUGUUCACACUGUCUGGCCUGCUCUGCAAGUCCUAAAGAUAUCGAGUGGAACAAUGGGAAGCACCCAAUUCCCACAAAAGGGGUGAAUAUAUUUGCUAUAUAUAUGUUCAAGGAAGAGAAACUAAAGCUCUUGAAGUCAUCGGAGAAAAUGGAGAUUUCACUUGAGCCAUUUACUUAUGAGCUUCUCACUGUUUCUCCGGUGACAACCCUGUCGAACAAACUAGUCCAAGUUGCUCCGAUUGGGCUCGUAAAGAUGCUAAACUCCGGUGGCGCAAUCCAGUCACUUGAGUUUGAUGAUGAUGAGAAUUUGGUGAGGAUUGGAGUGAAGGGGAGUGGAGAAAUGAGAGUGUUUGCAUCGGAGAAACCUAUGAGUUGCAAGAUUGAUGGAGUGGGUGUUGAAUUUAGUUAUAAUGAUCAGAUGGUUGUGGUGCAAGUUCCCUGGCCAAAUUCCUCAAAUUUAUCCAUAGUUGAGUACUCUUUCUGAGUUCAACAAUGGAGGUGUAAUUUGAAGCUAACUUUAAUUGUGCUUAUUCUUCCUUUUUAACUCUCUUUUAUCUAGAAAAAGCAAGGGCUUGUGUUGAUCUUCGAAGGCCUUGUAAACAAGAACUUGUGAAAAUGGUAUUACCCCUUCAAUUUAUACUACCAUUUAGUUAUUUGCAAA